GACUUUAUGGAGGAAGCAUGGUCUUUGCUUUAAAAAGUCGUCGAUUAUAGAGCUUACAUUCUACUUGAAUUUCGAUCAACUUUACCCGCGACAUCCUAAAUAUUCGACUCGCCUUAAUUUGACGUCAGAAAGUUUAUAAAUAGACGUGUAAAUCCAUAAGCAUUGCACAACAAUGGCGUCAACAAGCACAGGCAAAGGACGAGCAGGUCCAUUGCUUCAUUGUCCACAGCACCCAGAUGCCCCUCUGGUGGAGGACUACCAUGCUGGAGAUAUGAUCUGUCCCGAGUGUGGGCUUGUUGUUGGAGACAGAGUGGUAGAUGUUGGAACAGAGUGGAGGACCUUCAGUAAUGAGAAAAACACCAAAGAUCCCUCUCGUGUAGGGUCAGCAGAGAACCCUCUCUUAGAUGGCAGUGACUUGUCUACUAUGAUUGCUAUGGACCCAAAACAGGAGAUGAUGACAGAUGAAUUUGGAAAGCCUAUGUACAGAAAUCGUAGAACGAUUAACAGUUCUGAUCGAGCAUUAAUUAAUGCGUUUAGAGAAAUCAACCAGAUGGGGGACAGACUCAACUUACCUAAAAUGAUUGCAGAUCGGGCAAAUACACUAUUUAAACAAGUCCAUGAAGGCAAAACUUUGAAGGGACGCAGUAAUGACGCCAUCGCCUCAGCCUGUAUGUACAUCGCCUGUCGCCAGGAAGGUGUGCCCAGGACGUUCAAAGAAAUAUGUGCUGUAUCUAAGAUAUCCAAGAAGGAAAUUGGUCGAGUGUUUAAACUGAUUCUGAAGACUUUGGAAACCAACGUAGCUUUAAUUACCACAGGGGACUUCAUGUCUCGAUUUUGUUCAAACCUUGGCCUUCCUCUGUCAGUACAAAAGGCAGCAACUGUGAUUGCCAGGAAGGCAGUGGAUAUGGACCUCGUGGCUGGACGAAGUCCAAUUUCCGUAGCAGCAGCAGCCAUAUACAUGGCUUCUCAGGGAUCUGCUACAAAAAAGUCUGAGCAGGAGAUAGGGGAGAUCGCUGGUGUUGCUGAAGUGACUAUUAGGCAAUCAUACAAACUAAUGUAUCCCAAGGCCCAUCUCUUGUUCCCGGAUGACUUCAAAUUUGCCACAUCCAUUGCAAAUUUGCCAACAUCCUGAUUACAGCAGCACUGGUAUAAUACAGGACAUUGUUGAUAAGGAGACUCCAAAGAAAAGGAAACUGCUGGAUGCCAUCAACAGGAAGGAAAUCUUCAAAAAUAUUUGGACGCUGUUGGUUUUGAAACAGCUGGACUGUUCUUGAGAAAGAAAAUUUUGGUUGUUUAUCAAAUGCGUUCCUUUUAUAUCAAGCAUCUCAUAGCUAUGAUUGAAGUAAUUUCCAAUGUUCCAUUUUCUAGACAGGAGUUUAUGUACACAAGAAAACCGAGCAUAUUCUCCAGAUAAAGUACACUCGUGUUUACAAGCCAUGUGAUUCAUAAGUUAUGAUAUGUGUGAUAAUCAAGAAUUUCUCAUUUCAAAUGGAUUACUGUAAUAAAAAUCAAAGUACUAUAGAGUUUUUCAUUCCAUAAAGAUGUAACGAUUUAAUAACAAUUAAUGAAUUUUUAAUUAAGAAUUUCUUACAGAAAGAUUAUCUGCAAUGUAAUGUCAGGUGAAAAUGUGAUUAAUGCUGUGGUACGGCAUUCUUCGUCAGUCUGUCAUCAACUUUUUUCUUUAAACAACUUCUUUUCUGGACCAAAAAAAUUACAUUAGGAUCAAGGUCUAUAACAGAAUAACAUUGGCUCCCUAAAUAUUACUUUUUUAUGUGAAAAUACUGUCAUGAAUCUAUAGUUUGUUCAUCUGUCCGUACACCAAUACUACGAAAAAUCAAGUGUACGUCAAGUGAAUCUUUUGUUAACAUUGUCAUAUCAGUUUAUGGGUAACAUAAAGACUUUUAUGUACUGUUUUAUCACUGAGAUAUGUACAAGAUAUUUAUCAAGUCGCUGAUAAAAUAGUAUUGUAGUUUGUUAUGCUGACAAUAUAUAUAUAUAUAUAUGCAAGUCAUUCCGAUAUACUGAAAGAUGUAUACAAACAAGACCACAUCACUUGUGUUAUCAAGCAAAAUAAACAUGGGAAAAUGUCAAUAA